AUGAUUUUCUCCAGGUUCCGAUCUCCGUUCCGGAGCUCUCAAGAACACCUCGUUUUCUUUUUCUCUCCGUACGCAUUGGCGAUUAUGUAUUCCCCACGCUUAGCUGCGGCUUUGCGCUCGACGCCGCGAGCCUUCCGAUUGCCCCGUUCACAAGCUCGACACUUUCACCCGACACGACCAACACAAUCCGUGAUCGACACCGUACUCAGCGGGUCGACGGCGGUCAUUCAUGGCGUCCAUACAGCUUCCUUCCUGCCCUGGGCUGCCUCGAUCCCCCUUACGGCUGUGUUUGUUCGUUGCUUCAUCGGAUUUCCCCUGCAAUUCUACUCUCGAGUUCGCGCCCAAGAGGAAAAACUACUACAACCACUGUUAUCGUCUUGGUCCGUGGUUUACAACGAGAUGGCAGCCAGGGCCCCAAUGAGCAAUGAGAAAAGAAAGAAAUGGGUCACUAGUAAUCUACAGAGACGAACAAAAGCCCUCUAUGACGGCUGGGGUAUCUCAAAAUUAUGGCGUCCAAUGAUGUUCCUUCAGAUACCAGUCUUCCUCGCAUUCAUGGAGGGUUUGCGAGGAAUGAGCGGCAACAGCCAGGGCAUUGCCUCAUGGUUGGUCUCAUUAGGAGGUUCCUCGGACCCUGAUUCAGCCGUUCAAGCUUUGAGCUCGAGACUAGAGCCUAGUUUUGCCACUGAAGGCGCACUGUGGUUCCCUGAUUUACUGGCUGGCGAUCCGACAGGCGCGCUGCCAGCUCUUUUGACUAUUUCUAUCCUGAGCAACAUGAUGACUGGAUGGAAAGUCAAGUCAUUCAAGGAGAUUUCGGAUCUUCCAAAAAUUCAAAUGUACAAGGAGAUUACCUUCCGUGGCCUGCGAAUCUUUGUCCAACUAUUUGCAUGCCAGGUUGGCAUCAUGAGCUUUGUCAACGAGCUGCCAACUGCGCUGUUACUUUACUGGAUCACUAGCACCAAUCUCGCUACUCUGCAAACCUGGAUUCUGGAUAAGAAGGUGUUUGCCCAGACAAAGCUUAAGCCCUUCCAGAGACGGUUUAUCGCAUUCGAGAAGCCGGGCAACGACGAUCCCUUCCAGCUGAAAAACCUGCGCUGA